AUGGUUUUAUUUCUCGAGCACCAUCUGUUGCGAUCCAGUGUGCCUGAAGGGCAAGAACAGGGCCUUUCGAAGUGCCCAAGUGGUCUGGCUAUGUCUAUGGGUCCCGGGGCUGGCCUGUCCAUCAUCAUCGAUUCCCGAGUUCUGGGUUCCGAGUCCCGAUUGUUGUUCUUGGGGCCAAUCAGUCAGCGAGCCACUCAGUGGAGCGCACCUUAUCGCAAUCCCCCUGGACGCAAGGACAUGGACAUGUCAUUAGCCAGGCUUCAGUUCAGUUGGUCCUCGGUUAUGGCCGGGAAAAGAGUGGAGAGCUGGUCGCGAUUCCUGCUCUUGUGGCUAUAUCGAUUUGCUCGGGGUCUUUCGCUGCUCUCCUCCAACUUGGACACGGAUAAACUGCAGCUGAAGUCCCCAAAACAGGGUAGCAGUAAUCGCAUCCUCAGUAUUCUGUGGCGUUGCCUGGUGGUUAUAGCCUACGCAGGAGUAUUACCAUUACUAACCGGAUCCACUAUUGGCAAACGUCUGGAGAGCUAUGCGGAUCUAUUUGCCUUCGUUCAGGUCAUUUCGGUUGCCAUUCUGGCAGUCAUAUCCUUUAUAAUCCAGGCCAAGGGAGAGAGCAAAUUCCGAGAGGUGCUAAAUAGAUACUUAUCUCUUUACCAAAGGAUAUGCUCGGCUACCCGUUUGCAACAGCUGUUCCCACCGAAAUUUGUGGUUUUCUUUUUGCUAAAACUCUUUUUCACCUUAUGCGGUUGUUUCCACGAAGUGACACCUUUGCUGAAAGUCGAAAACUUUGAAAACGUCGGUAUGAUAGCGGCUGUAUUUGUUGGCACCUACAUGUGGCUGGGGACGCUUUUCGUCCUGGAUGCCUGCUUUCUGGGAUUUUUGGUCUCUGGGAUCAUGUACGAACAUAUGGCUGCCAAUAUUAUGGCCAUGCUGAAGCGGAUGGAACCCAUAGAGUCGCAGGAGGAAGGAAGUCGCAUGACCCACUAUCGCCGGAUGCGUCUCCUGUGCGAUUUCGCUGAUGAGUUGGAUGAAUGUGCUGCCAUCUACAGUGAACUCUACGAAGUCACCAUCUCCUUUCGCAGGAUGUUGCAAUGGCAGAUCCUCUUCUAUGUCUACUACAACUUUAUAAAUAUUUGCCUAAUGUUAUAUGAGUAUAUUCUGCACUAUCUAAACGAUGAUGAAGUGGCUCUGGUUUCCUUGGUCAUGGCCUCUGUAAAGUUGGCUAAUCUAGUUUUGCUCAUUAUGUGUGCAGAUUAUACGGUGAGCGAGUCCCUGAAACCAAAAAGAUUGCCACUGGAAAUAGUUUGCAGCGAUAUGGAUGAGCGUUGGGAUAAGAGUGUUGAAACUUUUAUUAGUCAGCUGCAAACACAAAGACUGGAGAUCAAAGUAUUGGGCUUUUUUCAUCUCAACAAUGAGUUUAUCCUCCUCAUCCUAUCUGCCAUUAUAUCGUACCUGUUUAUACUUCUCCAGUUUGGCAUCACAGGUGGCUUUGAGGCAUCCGAGGAUAUUAAACAUCAAUUUGAUUAACAAACAAAAAUUAAUUUCUUACUUGUUUUAAAUGUGUUUUUGUCUUGCCGUUAAAAAAAUAAAUAUGUAAAUUAUUCCAAGUUUUCCCAACACCCUCUUUUAUGAACUAUGUAUCUCUGCUCAUGUUUUAGUUAACCUCUACCUACGGGGUUCACCUGAACCGCCCUCAGUUCAUUAUCGUUCAUUAUA